AUGACAGUGCCAAGCGACGCGCCCCUUCGCGACGCCACAGCUUUGCCCUCUGUACCGACCGAUGCAGUGCAGGAGCCUGUGGCAGAGCCUGCCGUGACGGAAGACGAUGGUGCCCAGUUGGCUCUCAAAGUGCGGACGCUGGACCAGAAGACGUACCCGAUUACGAUCUGCGCUGCUGCAUCGGUGCCCCAGCUCAAGGAACUGGUGGCCAUGGAGACGGGGGUCACACUGCCCCGACAGCGACUCAUUUACCGCGGACGAGUGCUCAAGAACGACCAGAUGCUGGCCUCGUACGCGCUCGAAGACGGCCACGUGCUGCACUUGGUCGUGCGUGCGCUGCCGCCUCCGUCGUCGACGGACAUCGCGUCGACGGACAAUCAGCAGCAGGAUGCAGCAGCAGCUGCUACGAGUGCAGCACCGGACCGUCCUGCUGCUAGUCGUGCCGCAACUGCUGCUGCUCCAAACUCGCAGUUUCCACCCUCGGCUAUGUACUUAGAAGCACUGGACGAGAUCGCCGCGCUGAACGCGCGGCUUGAAGGGUUUGACCAAUCGGCGCUUCGGACAAGGUCGAGAUCACGACUGCGCCAGCGCCGCGCACGCUUGCCGCCGGCUCCACCACGAGAUAACGACGAGCCGGAUCCGACAAUGGGACAGUCAAGUAUGGGAGCUCAACCUGGCCGCGUGCUCAUGGGUGCGACCAUCACGGUGCCAGAGGGCACAAAUGUGACCAUGCCUUUUCUCAGCUCGAUGAUUGCUGACCUCGCUACACAGGUCAGCGAAAAUACUGGCAGUGGAGGGGAAGCAGGAGGCGCGACACUGGGAGUGUUACCCGAAGGACAACGACAUGUGGCAUUUUCGGGUGACGUUUUGGGCGGCGCUAUUGCUGCUGAGAUGGACACAGCUACUACACGCGCGCUUCGUCAUCACCACCGGAACCGUGACACCUUGGGAGACCAACGCACUGCUCGACGUUCUUUUUCUGGUGCAGAUCGUCAAGCUGCUUUGCGCGCUCGCACUGGACUUCGACUCGAGUCAGUGCGUGCAACGUUGGACGACUCGUCGCUUGAUUUUCCCGCGGAGCUAACAGCUCUACCUCAAGGUGAUAACAACACAGCCAUGUCGGAACUUCAGCAGCAGGUGGAGAUGCUGCUGACACUCUUGGAACGCUUUGGACCGCGACUGCGUCUUCUUCCUGCCGCGCUUGCUCGCCGAGAUCACGCAAGCGAACGCGCUGCUACUGCAUCGGUUGAGUCUGACAUCGUCUCGACUGAUCCAUUUCCUCCAACGUCAGCGUCAACCGGGCCACAUCUACCAUCUGAGCUCCCCACAGCUUCUUCUUUGGCCUCAGUCAGCUCCGGUGCGGUGCCACUUGGCGGGGCAAGUCCAGCACAAGUGGGGCAUAGUGCAGCAUCAGUGGAUACUAGCGCAGUGGCUGAAUCCAGGACUGGUUCAGCUGGCUCCAAUACAGCAGCAGUCGAUCUCGCUUCUGCGUCGACGGAUCCCAACACCGCACCAGCCGAGUCAGAUCCAGGUAGCACGCUCUCUACUGGUAGCACUGGUAGUGCUGUGGCGACGCUGUCGGCGCGUCAGGUUAUCCGCACCAUUGAGGCAUUGCAAACGAUCGGGGAGUCCACGGACUUGCUAGCGCGUAUGGCACGUCAUGCGUUUGUCCGGCGAACUGCACAACCAGGCGAACCCAUUGCACGACGAGGAGACGCCGGAGGUGCAGGUCCCUCGAUCGAUGACAGGAUUCAAGCGAGGUUCCAUGCGAUUCGAGCUGGCCCAGGCGUGGCCAAUACUGCACGUACAAGCAGCGCAGUCGGUGAUCGAAUGCAUGCAGCUUUGCAAGCAGCGACACGCACGGCGAGACAAGGAACACAAGGCGCAUCCAACGCCAGGCCGCGGAUACGGGUAGCUCGCCUCAGCGCUUCUGAUUUGACGGGCGGCAGGCAUUCCGCUGCAGCAUCGACAGUCGCUGCUUUUCCGACAGGGCAGUCAGGAAUCGCAUCUGGUUUUCCGAUAAGUCUCGCGAGAAUUUCGCGCGGCGCAGUGCCAUUGGCGUCCGGACCCGAGACUUCUGCGCAAAGCAGUAGCCAGCCUUCCACAGGAGCCGAAGCAGUUUCAAGUGACGGUAACGGACCAUUGUCAUCGGCAGGCGCUCCCGUCUCGAUCUCUGGUGUGGGCCUUCCGUUGAUGUCAUCGGUUGUUUUUCCUUUCUCUCUCGCAGCGGGUCUUGGCGGUAGCCAUGCGACAACGACUUGGAAUCUGGCAGACUUUGUGAGUCGACUCAUGAGUGAGCUACCGAUCUCGACUCUCUACGGGGUUAUGGCAGGCGACGCGACACAUUUACACCACAUGUUGGCGCACGUGGGCUUUGCGCUGUUCAGCGGUGUUGAUGUCCCGCGGGUGACUCGCCCGAGUAUCCGCACGUGGGCGCAGGAUCUCGUGGGUGAGCUCCGCAGUUUGCUGCAAUUGCACGAGUUGCCUGCAGAUGUGGUGGACCAAGUCCAUGGGACCGUCGAGCGGCGGUCAGCGUUGGGGUCCGAGCUGUUGCGUGCCGUGGACCCGUUCAUGGUCGACCUGGUUGACCUCCUCGUCCGAGCGACAUCGGCCAGCCGAGCUGCUGCCUUUGGUACCAGCAGCGCAACUUUCUUGCGCGGGAUGGCGCAGCAGGUUCUCGGCCAACUUCGUUCCUACGCAAGAGGCGAUUCGUCGGAAUCGGAAGACGAGAGCGAUGAGCGCUUGAAGCGGCUCUUGCGGGGAUUGCUGGUAUGGCUCGGCCUGGUUGAGCACAUGGCGUAUUUCGUCGUGGACAGCCUCUUGAGCUGGGCUGAAGGAGACAGUCGUCGUGGUCAGAGACGACAACGUGAAGAAGCGAGUAGUGAUGUGACUGUCGCCGACUCGCCAGCUACCAAGCGCCGGCGUGGGUAA